GGCUGCGAGGCUGGAGCUUGUGCAGCAUUGGACACCGUUUCGUGGGAGAAGUACCUCGGAGAGGUAGGGUUCUUUGGAGUUGAGUAGAAAACAACGCCUCGCAACGAAAUGCUCCUACAGCCACUAAAUAUCUCUGAGCUGCGAUGGAUAUUUCUACCUUCUUCUUUUGCCCGUGGGAGAUCAGUUUCAAACUAGAUGAGAAAACAGCCCACAGUACCUUGGAUUUGUUCAAAAAGGACACUGGUGUCAUUUACCGUGUGCUGGGGAUUGAUCCUACCAGAGUUCCCCAGAACCCUGAACGCUUCAGGGACUGGGCUGUAGUACUGGGUGACACAGCCACAUCCAGCGGCUGCCAUUACUGGGAAGUGACUGUCAAGCGAUCACAACAGUUCCGCAUUGGGGUGGCAGAUGUGGAUGUCUCCCGGGAAGUCUGCAUUGGAAUGGAUGACCAUUCCUGGGUCUUUAGCUAUGCUAACCGGUGUUGGAAUGCCAUGUUUGCCAAUGAGACCACUCCCAUCAGCAACGUUGGCAAGCCAGAGAGAGUGGGCCUGCUCUUGGACUUUGACAACAAGAAACUCAACUUGGUGGAUAUAAGCAAAAACGUGUUCAUCCACAGCAUGCCUGCGGAGUUCCAAGGCCCUGUGGUGCCUGCCUUUGCCCUCUGGGAUGGUGAACUGCUAACUCAUACAGGACUUGAUGUACCUGAGAAGCUCAACCAAAACUAAAAAUGUCUUAAGCCCAGUUUGUUCGGAUGGAUUCUCUACCUGGGAGACCAGACUAAUAAAUACAACAAAUGGAAGCAGUUUGGACAGUGGAAUCAAGAGGACUGAACCUUGCCAUACUAGGAGCCAGCAGUUUUCACUACUGUUAAACUUGCUUCCUCUAUAGGAAAAAGUCAGUUGAAACCUAUCCCAGUUUGCAAUGAAGUAAGAUUUUACUCACUCAAUGACAGGACCACAUCCUAACUUUCUGCCUCUGCUCCCCCAUCUCCUGUGUUGCAAAUGAAAUUUGCUCUCCACAGUAUUUGGACACAUUUGGCUUACGUUUUGUGUGUGUGUGUGUUUCUAUACGGGAAAAUAUCCUGGGAAGAAGUUUGCCACAUAGUGGUUUGAAAGAGCAAGCUUAUUUCUUGACAGCUAUUUUGAGUGUGUGAGAUCAACUGCACCCGUCAGUGCUCUUAUCUCAUGUCCUUUGAUUAUGUGAAGAGACCCCAUUCCCAGCAGAAGUAUCUGCCCAUGCUUUCAGAUGUAUGAAGGCAGGAAAUUUCCAUUUUAAUAGGAUCCUCUGCAUAUAAUACAUAGCCACCAUUGCCCCCUGCUGGUCCAGUGGGAGGACAGCCAAGCCUACAUCUAAGCAGAUGGCAUCUCACUGACAUGCCCAGCGGAGAUCUAACCCUCCUGCAAUAACAAAUGUUGCUGUACACAUCAGUUCCGUAGGAACUACUUUCUUAAGAUAUAGCUCAAGAAUCCCUCCCAUUCUGUGAUAACCUGUGUUAGCAAGAAACUGUAUCUACAGUAUUUUUAUUUUUAAAUACUUAAGAGAGCAGAAACAAGGGUCAAGGCAAUUUAGAUCUCCUGCUAUAUCUAGUCUCACAGACUUGUGCGGAAGGGGCUGGCAGAAGAGAUUUGUCAUAACUAACCACAAUCACCCAAGUCAGAGUUCUCUGACAUCUAGCACACUGGCAAAUUCUCCAGAGAGUGGUUUUAUUUUAUGGAAUACAACUGAGACAUGAGGACCUAUUUUGAAUCAGGAAGAGCAGCCCCAUGUAAUGUGUUGGUAGCCGUGCAACUAUCACAAUCAAUAAAAAUGAAUUUAUUUAAAACAA